CAGACUUCCCUCAUUGCAGCCGCCAAUUUCAAGUGGGUCUGAGUAAUCUUGUGAAGAAUCGAUGACAGAGAUAUUUAGUGACACCGGAUUCAGACAGUUAACUCAAAUGUUCCUGGCGAUUAUCUUCUUCCACACAUCGGAAUACAUUCUCGCCAUAGCCAUUCACGGAGCAUCGAAAGUAACUUUAAGCUCACUCUUAAUCAGCAAACACUAUGCUUUAGCAAUGGUAAUAUCAGUCCUCGAGUACAUAACCGAGAUUGUUUUCUUCCCGGGGCUGAAACAACACUGGUGGAUCAGCAAUUCCGGUCUUAUAAUGAUCAUACUUGGAGAAAUCAUCCGCAAAACCGCGAUAAUCACAGCAGGUCGAUCUUUCACACACCUUAUAAAGAUUCGCCGGGAGGAGCAUCAUAAGCUUGUGACGGAAGGAGUGUAUCAAAUCAUGAGGCAUCCGAGUUACUCCGGGUUUCUCAUUUGGUCUGUGGGAACGCAAGUAAUGCUGUGUAAUCCAAUUUCAGCGAUUGCGUUUGCGGUUGUGGUGUGGCGGUUCUUUGCAGAGAGAAUACCUUAUGAGGAGCAUUACUUGAAGCAAUUUUUUGGGAGACAGUAUGUGGAGUAUGCGCAGAGAGUUCCUUCUGGUGUUCCUUUUGUAAACUGAUCCUUAGAUCAAUUGUGAACAUAUAUGAGAAUAGUUUGAUUACUUUUUACAGAGAAAAUUAUGAAAGAAAUGUUGUUGCUCAUG